UUUGGAAUUCAUUUUCUUGCGUAUAACUGCUUUUUCUUCAAGAACUUACAGAGCAAGUAAAACCCCAUUGGAUUCUUCUUCCCCAAUAAAUUGCUUAUAAAUACUUCAAUCCUAAACGAAUUUGUACAAAUUACAGUUUUCUUUAGUAAUCAAUAUGGACUAUAGAGGACGAGCACGAGGACGCGGCGGAGGGAGAGGCGGAUGGAGAGGUGCGGGAAAUGACGAUUACGGCGGUGGUCGCGGUCGAGGCGGUGGUCGCGGUCGAGGCGGUGAUCGUGAUGAUGAUACGAUUGAUCAGGAGUACCGUCGUCAUGAUCAAUAUCAACAGCAGGAGCAGCCGAGUUUCAGUACUGGCGGUGGCCGUGGGAAUCGCGGCGGUCGCGGCGGUAGAGGUUUGAGUUACGAACACGGCGUCCGCGGCGGUCGCGGCCGUGGAGGUUUGAGUUACGAACACGGUGGCCGUGAUGGUGGAUAUCGCGGCGGUAGUAGUGGAAGAGGAGUUGGAAGUGGAAGAGGCUCUACUAGUAGCCAGGAGCGCAUUGUUUCACAAAUGCAAUCAUUACAAGUUUCUCCAGCAUAUGAUAUUAAUGCAGGCCACAAUCAUGUCCGAACAAUAAGUCUUCGAGUUAAUCAUUUUCUGGUUAACUACAACCCGGAGACCAUCAUAGGACACUACGAUUUUGACAUUAAACCAGAUGUAACUGCCAAGGCUGGUCUGCUGCCUAUGGAUGUCCCGAAGGCUCUUUUAUCUAUCAUCAGGAACAAGCUAUUCUCGGAUGAUCCUAGCCGGUUCCCUUUAUCGAUGACUGUAUAUGAUGGUGAAAAGAAUAUUUUCAGCAAAGUCCGAUUACCUACAGGCAAAUUUAAGGUCGAAUUAUCUGAGAAUGACGGAUUAAGGCUUCGCUCAUUUGUUGUUGAAGUUCAGCUUGUGAAUGAGCUGAAAUGCGACAGGUUGGAUUAUUACUUAAGUGGCAGGAUUGAUUUGAUCCCUCGUGAUGUACUGCAAGCUCUGGAUGUGAUCAUGAAGGAGAAUCCAAUGAGGAAAAUGAUUUAUGCUGGUCGGAUUUUCCAUCCUAUCACGCCUUAUCCUGAGGAUAAUCUUGGUGGCGGAAUCACAGCUUCUAGAGGAAUCAAACACACCCUUAAGCCGACAUCUCAGGGUCUAGCCUUAUGUCUGGACUACUCGGUUCUGCCAUUACACAAACCAAUGCCGGUUCUUGACUUCCUGAAGGAGCAUAUUCAAGGCUUUAAAUUGAACAAUUUCAUGGAAUCGAGGACAAACGUUGAAAAAGCUUUGAAAGGAUUGAAAGUGACUAUUAAUUACAGAUCUACCUCUCAGAAGUUCAAAAUUGCUUGUUUAACUGAUGAUAACACACAGGAUAUAACCUUCCCUUUUGAUAAGGGUUCUGAAAGGAAAUAUAGGCUCGUCGACUAUUUCAAAGAAAAAUACAACAAGAAUAUCUUGCACAAAAAUAUACCGUGCCUUGAUUUAGGGAAAAACAACAGAAUAAACUAUGUUCCUAUGGAGUUCUGCAGCAUUGUUGAGGGUCAGAGGUUUCCAAUAGAGAAUCUCAACAAAUAUCAAUCUCGGGAUUUGAGGGGCAUUUCUCUAGCUUCGCCAAAUAAUAGAGAGAACACUAUACUUGACAUGAUAAAAUCAAGUGAUGGACCUUGUGGUGGAGAUAUCAGCAAAAACUUCGAAAUCGGAGUUGAUAUGUAUAUGACAAAAGUUAAUGGUCGGGUUCUUGUGCCACCAGAAUUGAAACUUGGCAAUUCAAGAGGAAGAUGGAAGAAGGCAACUGUGAAUAGAGAGAAAUGCCAGUGGACCCUUAAUAGAAACACAGUGAUUCACAGCGAACCAAUUCGGUUAUGGGGAGUGCUGAAUUUCAGCAAUUCUAAUCUCGAUUACUUCAUCAAAGAGCUGAAGAAUCAGAGCAAAAGGAUUGAUAUCCACAUGGAAGAUCAUAUCGUCGUCCCUUAUAAGUGUGAUACAAAGCUACUAUAUGAUAUCAAUGGUCUUCAUCAGCUGCUCAAAAGCAUUAGCCAUUUACAGAUUCUUGUUUGUGUGCUGCCAAAGGAGGAUUCUGGUUACAGCAAUAUUAAAUGGAUAUGUGAGACCAAAAUUGGCAUCAAAACGCAAUGUUGUUUAUCGGCAAACACGGUCAAGCCAAAUCCCCAGUUUCUCACGAAUCUAGCAUUAAAGAUAAAUGCGAAACUUGGAGGCAGCAAUGUGGAGCUUUUAAAGCAGCCUCGGUGCUUGCAAGGUGAAGGCCACAUCAUGUUUAUUGGAGCUGAUGUCAAUCAUCCUGCCUCAUACAACUCGACAAGUCCUUCCAUAUCAGCUGUCGUUGCCACCAUGAACUGGCCAGCUGCAAAUCAGUAUAGUGCACGAAUUUAUGCUCAAGAUCAUCGUGCAGAGAAAAUUCUGAAUUUCGGAGGUAUGUGUUUGGAACUUGUGAAAAUUUAUGCUCAGAAAAAUCAAGCUAAACCGGAGAAGAUCGUUGUAUUCCGUGAUGGAGUAAGCGAGAGCCAGUUUGAUAUGGUUCUCUACGAAGAGUUGAAGGAUAUUAAGGAAGCCUUUAAAUCGAUUAAAUACUUCCCAGCCAUCACUCUAAUUGUUGCGCAGAAGCGCCACACCACUCGAUUGUUCUUAGACAGUGACAAAGACGAAAAUGUACCUCCGGGAACUGUGGUGGAUUCAGUAAUUACUAGUCUGUCAAUGUCGAAUUUUUAUCUUUGCAGCCAUUUUGGUCAAAUUGGGACUAGCAAGCCAGCUCACUACCAGGUUCUGGAGAAUGAGAUUGACCUUACUCCUGAGGAACUACAAGAGUUCAUUUUUGGCAUUUGCUUCACUUCUGCUCAAUGCACCAAGCCGGUCUCACUUGUUCCUCCGGUGGUUUAUGCUGAUCGUGCGGCUUUUAGAGGUCGACUUUACUACAAUACGCUCGAGAGAAAUCAGUCUUCACCUUUAACAUCAUCAUCGGCUAAGCAGCCUUUCAAGCUGCACCCUAACUUGGAGAACUCUAUGUUCUUCCUUUGAGGAAUUUCAUCUCAGUAUGUCUAAUCAACAUCGCCAAGUUGGCCGAUCUUAUAAAGAUCGGAAAAGCUGUUUGUGCGUGAAUCUAAUGCGCUCCAAGUCCGUUUUGGUUUAUCGUUUUUGUGUUUUGUGUUUCCUCCAAACCUCAUAUUGGCCUGUGCAGACCAUCUGAAGUUGGAGGAGUAGAUGUGUUCUUGCUUGUGUGUCAGUUGGUAUUUGAAUUCCAUAAAGUUGUCUGUACGACUCCGUAACAAUCUGUUAUCGAAACUUUUGAUCAUUUGAAAUAUGUUCUAGCAUUUUUAAUGACAUGUUUUUGUUGAA